CUCCUCUUCGUGGUUCGGUAUGCAACUGCCGCGGCUCCUGCGGGGAGCCGCCACGGUGGGCCCUGGCCCCACGCUACGCUUCCUCCGGCCGGGAGCCAGCCGCAGCCUCAGCGCGGACUCCGGAUCCGGCCCUGCGGUCGAGCGCAGCCUUCCCGGCCAAGUGGAUUUCUAUGCGCGCUUCUCGCCGUCCCCGCUCUCCAUGAAGCAGUUCCUGGACUUCGGAUCUGUGAAUGCUUGUGAAAAGACCUCAUUUAUGUUUCUUCGGCAAGAGUUGCCUGUUAGAUUGGCAAAUAUAAUGAAAGAAAUAAGUCUACUGCCAGAUAAUCUUCUCAGGACGCCAUCAGUUCAACUGGUACAAAGCUGGUAUAUCCAGAGUCUUCAGGAACUUCUUGAUUUUAAGGAUAAAAGUGCUGAAGAUGCAAAGGCUAUUUAUGACUUUACAGAUACUGUGAUACGGAUCAGGAACCGUCACAAUGAUGUCAUUCCGACGAUGGCUCAGGGUGUGAUUGAGUAUAAGGAGAGCUUCGGGGUGGAUCCCGUCACCAGCCAGAAUGUUCAGUACUUUCUGGAUCGUUUCUAUAUGAGUCGCAUUUCCAUUCGAAUGUUACUCAAUCAGCACUCUUUAUUGUUUGGUGGGAAAAGCAAAGGAAGUCCAUCUCAUCGAAAACACAUUGGAAGCAUAAAUCCAAACUGCAGUGUAGUUGAAGUUAUUAAAGAUGGCUAUGAAAAUGCUAGGCGUCUCUGUGAUUUAUAUUACAUUAAUUCUCCUGAACUAGAACUUGACGAACUAAACGCAAAAUCACCAGGACAGCCAAUACAAGUGGUUUAUGUACCAUCCCAUCUCUAUCACAUGGUGUUUGAACUUUUCAAGAACGCAAUGAGAGCAACCAUGGAAUACCAUGCUGACAAGGGUGUUUACCCCCCUAUUCAAGUUCAUGUCACAUUAGGUAAUGAGGAUUUGACUGUGAAGAUGAGUGACCGAGGAGGUGGAGUUCCUCUGAGGAAAAUUGACAGACUCUUCAACUACAUGUAUUCAACCGCACCCCGACCUUGUGUUGAGACUUCCCGAGCAGUGCCUCUGGCUGGAUUUGGCUAUGGUUUGCCCAUAUCUCGUCUGUAUGCACAAUACUUCCAGGGAGACCUAAAGCUGUAUUCCCUUGAGGGCUAUGGGACAGAUGCAGUUAUCUACAUUAAGGCUUUGUCGACAGACUCUAUAGAGAGACUCCCAGUGUACAACAAAGCAGCCUGGAAGCAUUACAACACCAACCAUGAGGCCGAUGACUGGUGUAUCCCGAGCAGAGAGCCGAAGGACAUGACAACGUUCCGCAGUGCCUAGAGUACACGGGAAAACCCAUCUGUGAAUUCUGUACAAAACUUGGAAGGGAUGGUGUUGAAAACGGCAUUAUACCAAAUACUCACUGAUCGUUGUCACAAUUAACUGUUUAGGUUGAUUAAAUGGAAACUGAAUUC